CAUGAAUUCCCCCAAGGACUUGAGAAUCGCCAUCGUCGGUGCAGGACCCGUCUCCCUCACUCUAGCCGCCAUCCUCCAUAACCACAACCUCCCAUUUACCGUCUUCGAAGCCCACUCCUCUCCCCGAAAUGAAGGCGGCAGUCUCGACCUGCACCCAACAACCGGACAGACUGCGCUCAAAGAAGCCGGCCUCUGGUCUGCUUUCGUAAAACAUGCUCGUCCAGAGUCCGACGUGGCCAAAGUCGUCGAUUUGCUGACUGGCCAAGUAUACUUCGAUCAGAAUGGACCCGACAAGCCAGAGAACCAAGAUAAAACCGAAGACGAGCUUUUCGCGGGGAGACCUGAGAUUGACCGAGGGGCGUUAUCCAAGAUUCUGCUCGAGAGUUUACCCGAAGGGUCGGUGGAAUGGGGCAAGAAGUUGGUCGACGUGGUUCCCAGUCAUACUACACCCAGCGGAAAGCACGACCUUCGGUUUACAGAUGGAACGGAAGAAUGUGGGUUUGACCUCGUCGUUGGCGGCGAUGGCGCUUGGUCAAAGGUUCGACCGCUGCUAUCGGAUGUGAAACCGGGUUAUUCAGGUAUCUCGAUAGUCGAAUAUUGGCAUCGCGAUAUCAGUUCCAAUCCGUGGCUGCUCGAAUACGUAGGUGCGGGAAUCAUGUUCGCGGCUGGUGAGAACUGCGCCGUCAUCUCCCAGCGUCAGGGUGAUAACAGCCUUCGCACGUACGCUUGCCUGCGGGCUCCUGAGAAUUUCAUCGACACCUGCGGUAUCGACUGGCAGGGGGAUGCAAGUUUGGCACAAAAAGAAUUCGUUGAAAAGUACCUUGGACACAUCAACGAAGACCUUCAGCGCCUGGUUCUCGAAUGUAAAGAUUCUGGCAUCCCGCGGGCGCUUUACGAAUUACCCCCCCUUUUCAAGUUCUCGCAUCGCGAGGGUGUCACGUUGAUCGGGGACGCUGCACAUGUCAUGACGCCUUUUGCUGGUAUCGGGGUCAACGUUGGUAUGACGGAUUCGCUCGGUCUUGCACGACAGAUCAUCAUGGCAAGUAAAGGCCAGAAAACGCUGGAUGACGCCGUACGUGAGUACGAAGCAGAUCUGUUCCCGAGGAUUGAAGAAGCUAUGCAGGAGACGUUGCAUGGCAAGGAGUCGCAUUUCACGGCAGAUGGCUCACAGAAGAUGGUUGCUAUGAUGACGGGGCACUGA